UCAUGGCAGGAUCUGCACCAGAAGGCACACAGUUUGAUGCACGUCAGUUCGACCAGAAGUUGAACGAAGUACUUGAGGGACAAGAUGAGUUCUUCACCUCUUAUGAUGAAGUUCAUGAGACCUUUGAUGUCAUGGGUCUUCAGGAGAACCUUCUCAGGGGGAUCUAUGCUUAUGGUUUUGAGAAGCCUUCUGCUAUUCAGCAAAGAGGAAUCGUCCCCUUUUGCAAAGGUCUUGAUGUGAUCCAACAGGCUCAGUCCGGAACCGGGAAGACGGCAACUUUCUGCUCUGGCGUCUUGCAGCAGCUAGACUUCAACCUUGUCCAGUGCCAGGCUUUGGUUCUUGCUCCAACUAGAGAGCUUGCUCAGCAGAUCGAGAAGGUCAUGAGGGCCCUUGGUGAUUACCUUGGCGUCAAGGUCCAUGCCUGUGUUGGUGGAACCAGUGUCCGUGAGGAUCAGCGCAUUCUCCAAGCUGGUGUCCAUGUUGUUGUUGGAACCCCAGGGCGUGUCUUCGACAUGUUGAAGAGGCAGUCUCUCCGUGCUGACAACAUCAAGAUGUUUGUUCUUGACGAAGCUGAUGAAAUGCUCUCCCGUGGUUUCAAGGACCAGAUCUAUGACAUAUUCCAGCUUCUCCCACCAAAGAUCCAAAACACGAGAGACAUCAUCAUGAGAGAGUUCAGGUCUGGCUCGUCCCGUGUGCUCAUCACCACUGACCUCUUGGCCCGUGGUAUCGAUGUCCAGCAAGUCUCUCUGGUUAUCAACUACGAUCUCCCGACUCAGCCGGAGAACUACCUCCACCGUAUCGGAAGAAGUGGAAGGUUCGGGAGGAAAGGUGUGGCUAUCAAUUUCGUGACUCGUGAUGAUGAGAGGAUGCUGUUUGAUAUUCAGAAGUUCUAUAACGUGGUUGUUGAGGAGCUGCCUUCGAACGUUGCCGAUCUGCUG